CGGGCCCGGGCAGGUCCCGGUGCCGGUGUCCCCCUCGGUCAGUGGGUUCGGGGGGGCUCCCUUCCCGCGGUACCGCCCCGGUGCCCCGCGAGGCUUUGCGGGUGAGCAUGGCGGCGUUUUGGCAGCAGCGGAGCCGGCGGCAGGAGAGCGGCGGGCUGGGCAGCGUCCUGGACGGGCUGGGCAGCGUGUUCGAUGUGCUGCUGGCCAACGCCAGGCUGGUGCUGGGCGUCAGCGGCGCCGCCGUGCUGGCCAUCGCCACGCUGGCUGUCAAGAGGCUGAUCGACCGAGCCACCAGCCCUCGGGAUGAGGGCGAUCCCAAAGCUGAGCAGAAAUCCCUGGAGGACAGCUGGCAGGACUUGCCAUUGAUCAAGACAACACCAAAACCCGCCAAGAAGCAGAGGAGGGAAGACCUCAGCGAGCCCCUGCUGUCUCCAGCCCGGCCUGUGGUGCCAGAUCCCAGGGGCCCCUCUGUCCCUCUGGGGGCUCCUCAGGUCCAGUCCAGCCCCCUGCGCUGCCUCACGCUGCAGGAGAAGCUCCUCUCACACAGCAGCCAGCUGGCCGUGCCCGAGUUCCAAGUGUCCCUUGUCCCACAGCUGGCCAGGAGCAUCUGCAGCCAACUGCAGAACUUCCUGAGGAGCAAAUUCCCAGAGCUGCCCUUCGGCCGCCCGUCCCUCAGCGGGGCCCUGCUCGACGGCCUCGAGGUGCUGGCAGCCGACCACGUCCACCUCAUGCUCCCGCUGGUCCUCGACACCGGGCUCUGGAGCCUCAUCUCAGGGGAGGACACCGUGGUGAGCAACCCCCAGUACUGGAUGAUCAAGAGGAUUGACCUGGGCUAUUUCCCUCGUGGGUGCAGCCCCUGGGACAGGUUCAUGGUGGGCAGGUACCUCUCCUCCAGCGUGCUCAACGAGACCCUCCACAAGCUGCUGGUGGCCUCCAUCAACUGGCCUGCCAUCGGUGGCCUGCUGGGCUGUGCCAUCCACCCCGUGGUGGCCUCCCGGGAGCUGAAGCUGGAAGUCAAACACGAUCAGGUUGAUCUGAGCAUCACCCUCUUGCCAGUGGUGGAAAUGGAGGACAAGGUUCUUCUGGCCGUUCCUCCUGAAGGACCGGUGGAAAACCUGUGGCUGGAGAGCUUUUACAGGGCGGAGGUGUCGAGGCUGAAGGAGCUGGAUGCUGCUGACUCCGGGGCUCGGCAGCUCUGCCUGCGCAUCCUCAACGGCGUCUGCAAGCGCCAGCCCAGGCUGCACAAACUGGGGGGCAGCCCCCUGAGCCACCUCAUCCUGCAGCUCAGUGACACCACCUCGGACUGGGCACAGGAGAGCCUUGCUGACAGGUUCCAGCAGGUGCUCGAGGAGCUGGUGGCCUCUCUGGAGAAAGGAGUCCUGCCUUGCUAUUUCAAACCCAAAAUCAACCUGUUCUCCGGGCUCUUGGAAGAGGAAAUUGAUGAGAUGGGCUUUGUGCUCUACAGAGCCAUAACUGAGCCAGAGGUCCUGCUGAAGUGACUGGAGUGUUGGGAGCUCCUGAAUGUGGGGUGUUGCUCCCCUGCCUGCUGCUCCCUGCUCUGAGGGCUGUGAUGCUUCUAGUUGACUAGUCAGUAAGAGGCAAAGUUCUUGCACUUUAUGAGGAAAAAAACCACAUUUCCUGUGUGAAUAAAACGUGCCUGAGCAGAGGUGGGUGCUGGCAGAAGGAGCCUUUGGCUCUGCAGAGCCUGGGGUGAGGGCAGCCCACACCACACACGUGAGUUCCUCUGCUGGGAGCCCAGUGAAGCAUGUUUGGGCUCUGGCUCCAGUGUCCUCUGCCUGUCCCAGCUGUCAGCUUCCCCUCAGGCUCUGGG